CGAAGGAUGACUUUGAUUGUGACGACAGACCUGUCAGUGAAUACUGGCCCAAGUCGGGUAGAGGAAAAGCUGGAAGACAAACAAAAAGCUCUGCGGGAAAGCAUCGAGAAGGGGCAGCCCAAAAUAUUCGGGGUCUCUCAGAUAGUAAUAGGAUUGCUGAUCAUCUCUUAUUCUAUACCUCUGCUUUCUACUGAGACAACAAUGAUACUUCACUUUGGUGUACCAUGGUGGAGUGGCCUUAUGUUUGUCAUUUCAGGCACAGCUGCAAUAGUAGUGGAAAAAAUUGCCACCAUGAAGACAGUCUCUGCUUGCUUGGCAGUCUCUGUUGUGACCAUAAUCAUCUCAGUUAUUGCACUUAUCCUAUACUAUGUGGACAUUGCUUCCAAUCCGGCAACCACAUGCCAUAUAGGAUCAGACCAUUUGUGUGACCAACAGUAUUAUAUCACUAGAUUCAGCACGGGAAUGAAGAUAAGCAUCUCAAUUGUCAAUAUUGCCCAGACAGCACUGUCCUCUGCUUUCGCAGCUAUACUGUAUAAUCAGAGGAGAAACUUUACGGACUACGCGACCCUGGGCCAAUGACAUCCUGCUUAGGAUGCUGAUCAUCCCAAGUAUAACAUUUGUGCCCCCAUGUAUGACAGAUGUACCCCUGAUGUAUCACAUUUCUGGAUUUUAAUCAGAGAUCCUUAAACUAACAUAUCCACUUCAUAUGUGUGGUUUUGCUUAACCAAUGUAAUGCUGUGCAUUGUGUGCAAGAAUGCAAUGCACUGAAAUGUUGUUGUAUUUUAAGUGAAAAUGAAUUGAAAGUGAAUUUUAUAUAUAUAUUUUAAUCUAAUAUCAUCAAUAUAAACGUCUAAAUAUGUUUUUUUAAUUAAAGUUACAUUUCAAGUUUAAA